AUGGGGGCGGAGAGCCAGAAUGGAACGGCCAACACCUCCUACACAGAAUUCCUGCUGCUUCCUUUCCCCGGCCUCCAGGAAUCCAGGCGCCUCCUGGCCAUCCCCUUCUUCUGCGUACUCGUCUUGAUCAUCACAGCAAACUCUGUCCUGAUCUACACCGUGAAAGUGGAGGAGAGCCUUCACUCCCCCAUGUAUCUCCUCAUUGCUUCACUCUUUGCAGUCAACAUAGUUGCGGCCUUGACAAUCCUUCCAAAAAUGCUGCUGAGCUUCCUGUUCCAUGCCAGCCGCAUCUCCCUCACUGCCUGCCUUGUCCAAAUGUUCUUCCUCUACUUUACAACUGCCCUAGAUGGCAACACUCUUCUCAUGAUGGCUCUGGACAGGUACGUGGCCAUCUGCCACCCUCUACGCUACACAGACAUCAUGACCAACAGCCUUCUGGUGCUGCUCACUUUUGCUUCUGUGGCUUGGGGCCUCAUCCUUGUUGGCCCAGUCGUAAUCCUGGCUUCUAGGGUGCAGUUCUGCCAUUCCAACAUCAUCAGGCAUUUUGGUUGUGAACUCCUGGCCCUCAUGAGACUGUCUUGUGGAGACAUCUCAGUAAACAAGGUGCUGGGCUUGGUGCUAAGAUGCACUAAUAUGGUUUUCAACCUUAGCUUCCUCCUAACUUCCUAUAGCAAAAUUGUCUACACCGCUUUGAAGAUCUCAUCAGGCAAUGUCCGCCACAAGGCCUUCCACACCUGUGGCACUCACCUGCUUGUGAUCUUUAUUGUCUAUUCAUCCCGUCUCUCCUCAUCCAUCGUCUUCCGUGUAGCCAGGAAUGCCUCAGAAGACAUCCACAACCUCAUCAGCGCAGUCUACCUGCUGCUUCCCUGCAUUGCCAACCCCAUUAUUUAUGGUGUGAGGACCAAAGAGAUCAGGGAUAACCUCUUGAAACUCUUCCAGAGAAAAUAUCCUCUUUGUAGGCCUUUUAAAUCUUUGUAA